AUGAGAUGUCUUAAGUUUGAGAAGGGCCUCAAGAACUCUGUGAGGAGAUCCUUAGUGGCUCUGAGACUUCGAAACUUCCGGGAUUUGGUAGCUGCAGCUACAAGGGUAGAACAGGAUAACUUGGCCUAUCACCAAAGCAAAGAGGCAACUGGUCGAGUCUCUGUCUCUGGUAGACCUUCUGUUUCAGGUGGGCCACAGCGGAAUGGUAGAAGAAACCGCAACCAGGGAGAGACGGUUGAGGAAAUGACAAGCGGUGGCAGUAGUUCAUCCGAAAGUGACAGAAAUGCUCCAUACGGGCCUAGGUGUCACCAUUGUGGGCAGGUGGGUCAUAUUAGGAAGAAUUAUCCUAAUCGGCCGCUGGCUCAACAAGCCCAAAGUGACGCUUCCUACAGUCAAGAAGGGCCACCACAGUACAUGCCACCAUAUCAGCUACAACAGAUGCCAUACCAUUUUGUACCGACUAAUCAACCACCUCUAGGGAAAGGGAAAGUACAGGGACAAGCUUAUACCCUGGCAGGAGGCAGCUCUGGAGGUGUCACACACUCGUUUAUAUCAAGUUCUUUUGUACGGAACUUGAAACUGGAAUCUGAGAAUUUAGAAGUCCCGACGACUUUGAACUCUCCACUGGGAUGUGUGGAGGCGGAUAUGAACCCAGACCUGGGAGAACGACUGUUGAAGUACAGCGUUGGGGGACGGAAGAACUUGACAUGUUUUUCUUCUCUUCUUGCUCUAGAAGGUGAACCCAAGAUAACUGGGGAUAGUGCGAGAAUCCCUGUAGUGGAUGAGAUUACAGAUGUAUUUCCUGAUGAGCUACCUGGUUUACCGCCAGAUUGGGAGAUUGAAUUCUGUAUUGAUUUGGUUCCGGGAACGGCACCUAUUUCCAUUCCUCCAUACCGGAUGGCUCCGGAGGAGAUGAAAGAAUUAAGAACGCAGCUUGAGAAGCUGACAGAAAAGGGAUAUAUCCGGAAUAACACUUCCCUUUGGGGUGCACCGCUGAAAAUCAAGGAGGAAGACAUUUUGAAGACUGCUUUCAGAACUCGAUAUGGACACUUCGAGUUUCUGGUGAUGCCUUUUGGGCUGACGAAUGCCCCGGCGGCAUUCAUAGACUUGAUGAACCGUGUUUUUCGGCCGUAUUUGGAUUGGUUCGUAAUUGGCUUCAUUGACGACAUAUUGGACAAGAAAUCUCUGUCGAUCCUUCUAAGAUCGAGACUGUGCUACAGUGGGAAAGGCCGAAGAAUGUAG